AGUUUUGUAUUAUUCACUGCAUCAUCAUCAUCAUUAGCAUGGCAUCACUCCUUAUUGACCCUUUACCAUCAAUUGAGUCAUUGAAAAGGCAUCUUUGUGUGAGACUAGAAGACCAUGAUGAUGAUAAUAAAGUGGUAUUCUAUUCUGAUACUAUUGAUGCACUUGAGAGAUGUAUAACCGGAGUUAUGGGUAAGAUACGUCAUUUGCCAUUGAAAGGUGAUGAUAAGGAGGAGGAGUACACUAAGGGUGGCGGUAUUAUAGGAUGUGGUCGAGAGUCGUCGUCUAGGAUCAUGAUUAAGGAUCCUCGACGAAUGUGGAAUGAUCUCACUGGUGAUGAUUUCGAUGAUCCCGAUAAAGUAACAGGUAUUCGAUCGCUCAUUCGUUAUCCUCUCAAGUCGACAGAUGUCGAUCCUUUGAUCGUGGAGAUUAACCUUUCCUGGCCACUCUAUAAUGGUAUGCAUGAAGUAUUCAUGCAUCAAGGCAAACUCUUCACGAAAAUGCCAAUACCCAAGUCUUUGGAAAUGUAUACCAAUGCCAUCACUCAUCAUAAGGAAACCUUUAAGUGUGUCCCUGUCCAUUGUGAACACUAUCUACCAGGCCCUUUGCCUACUCUAAGUGGAAUAUGGCAUCAUCAAAACUGGAGCUAUUUCUGGCCAUUAGUACACUCAGCAAGAGAGAUAUCAAGAUCAGCAAAGCUUGGUAUGAUAGGAUGGUUAAUGGGGGCUCGACAUACUGUGAUAGCCUUCGAUACAGACUACACUGAUCGGAAAUAUCGUGGGGCCUGUCAGAAGGGGUGUCCAGGUGUAGGAGCUCAACUGUUACUAGAUAAGACGGCUGAUGGUGGUGUAUGGUUCCGAUAUCGAGCCUUCUGGGAGAACUUUAAUGAAGAGGGACAUGAGUACGAGUCCAAGGGGGAUAAUAUUAGCCUUGCCGAUGUUUGGGAAUCUACUCGACAAAUUGAUAAUGGUCUUAUGGUCGAUGGAGGAAUGACCAUUGAUCGAUGCUGUCAGCAUUUUACAAAGGGAGUACUUCAAAAGCUAAUUGACAAUGGUAUGGUAGAGAAUGCCGAUAACAGUGAGUUGAAGCUGCGGAAUAAGGAGAUAUUUGACGCAUUGGAUCGGAUAAGAGCUAAGCAUCCCUGGUGGUAUCCCGAGGAGACUUCCCAUCAAAGGGCGUCAGAGAGAUGGCAAAAGGAUCUUAUGAGUAUAUAUAAUAGUGGUGGCAUUUCUAGUUACAUUCAUGAGUUGAUAUCAAGUUGGCGACUCAGAAUUAGUUUGUACCAAAUACCAGAUUUCUGACGUUGCUUUAUGUUCCUUCCCCUC